UGCAAAUUACAGUACAGUGAUCGGUUGUUUUUGCUCCGUUUGUCACCGCUAACGCGUUUUGAUGAUAAAUUUUCCGCGUCCGCCGACCGAACACCGUGAAGUAACGCACGCUCGUCGACAGCAACGACGCGCCGUCCGUUCGUUUGACGACCGAAUCUACUCGCUACGUUGACCGUCGUACCCGUACGGUAUUAAUUAAUUCGUAUCGCACACACCGCCGUCUCGUUCGACCAUGUCUUCGGCGUGAAUUAAUCAUUAUCAGGCGAUUGAAUAAAAAUAAAAGUUUGUCGCUCUUACCUUGACCGGUCGUUCAGUUAAUGUUAUUGAAAUAAACGCAUGAAUCCGCAAUCUGGUACAUGGCCACAAAAAUCGAUGAGAACCCGAUUAAACGGUACAAACCUUCCAGUCCGACACCUCAGUUAAGAUAUCAAGAAAACGGAAACAGUAUAAUGGAUCCAAUGGAUGUAUCAGUUGAAAACAAUGUAGCAACUGAAAAAAUUGCCAUUUUGGAUGCAGGUGCUCAAUAUGGCAAGGUAAUUGAUCGCAAAGUCAGAGAAUUAAAUGUUGAAAGUGAUAUGUUGCCAUUACAUACUUCAGCAAUAACUCUAAAAGAAAAAGGAUAUAGAGCAAUUAUAAUUUCUGGAGGUCCUAAUUCAGUUAAUGCUAUUGACGCACCAAUAUAUGAUGCAGACAUAUUUAGAAUAGGAUUACCAAUUUUAGGGAUUUGUUAUGGAAUGCAAAUGCUAAAUAAAGAAUUUGGUGGCCAAGUCGCUGCAACUAUUGGUCGUGAAGAUGGUAUUUAUAAUAUUGAUGUAGAUUGUCAAUGUUUAUUAUUUAAAUCAUUGAGCAAGACACAAAGUGUUCUACUUACGCAUGGCGAUCAUGUUGUCAAAGUUGCAGAUACCUUUAAAGUGAUAGCUACAUCCAACAAUAUGGUUGCUGCUAUUGGCAAUGAUACAAAAAAAAUGUAUGGUCUUCAAUUUCAUCCUGAGGUGAACUUAACAGAACAAGGAACUCAAAUGCUUAAGUCGUUCCUUUAUGAUGUGGCUGGAUUAGCGGGAAGCUAUACAGUCAAAAGUCGCGAACAGGAAUGUAUUAAAUACAUAAGAGAUCAAGUUGGCCAGAGUAAAGUUUUGGUUCUAUUAAGUGGUGGUGUUGAUUCUACAGUAUGUGCUGCACUUUUACACCGUGCAUUAGAUCGAGAACAAGUGAUUGCUGUGCAUAUAGAUAAUGGCUUUAUGCGCUUGGGUGAGAGUGAACAAGUAAUGAAGUCUUUGAAUGCUCUAGGGUUAGAUGUUAAAGCUGUAAAUGCCACAUUUGAUUUUAAAUAUGGUACAACUAUAUUGCCUGAUUUGCAUGUAUCCAAUCGUACUAGAAUUUCUCCUCCCCUGUGUCAAACUAGUAAUCCAGAAGAAAAGAGAAAAAUAAUUGGUGAUGUUUUUGUCAAGACUGCUGAUAAGUUCCUUAAGACAUUAAAUUUGUCAUCUGAAGAUGUGUUCUUGGCUCAAGGAACUUUAAGACCAGACUUAAUUGAGUCUGCUUCAAGGUUAGCUAGUACUAAUGCAGAUACUAUAAAAACACAUCAUAACGAUAGCAAGUUAAUACGUGAAUUACGAGAUAAAGGACGUGUCAUUGAACCCUUACAAGAAUUUCAUAAAGAUGAGGUUAGGAGGUUAGGAAUGGAUUUAGGAUUGAGCGAAAGUAUUGUAUAUAGACAUCCAUUCCCUGGACCGGGUCUUGCCAUAAGAAUAUUAUGUGGAGAAGAACCUUUUAUUGAUAAAGACUUUUCUGAAACACAAGUUGUAGUUAAAAUUGUUGUUGAAUACAAUGAUAUGGUUUUAAAGAGUCAUGCACUUUUAAAUAGAAUAGAAAAUGCAACUUCUGAAAAUGAACGAAAGUUGUUGCGAGAAAUAUCAUCCAAACAGAAAAUGUCUGCCACGCUAUUACCUAUUAAAAGUGUAGGAGUUCAAGGUGAUAAACGUUCUUACAGUUAUGUGGUAGGCAUUUCUUGUACAGACCCCGAACCCGUGUGGGAAGAUCUUUCUUAUUUGGCCAGAAUAAUUCCUAGAGUAUGUCACAAUGUCAACAGGGUAUGUUACAUUGCUGGUUCACCUGUGGUUUAUCAAGUAUUGGAUAUAACACACACAUAUCUAAAUGUUCAAGUGAUAGAUUUGCUGAAAGAAGCUGAUCAUGUUAUUAAUAAAGUUUUAACAGAAUGUCCAAUUAGUAUGCGUAAAGUAAGUCAGAUGCCGGUAGUACUUGUACCUUUACACUUUGAUCGAGAUAUUGCUUAUCGUCAUCCAUCAUGUCAACGUUCAGUUGUCAUCAGACCAUUUAUUACAGAAGAUUUUAUGACUGGUAUUCCUGCACUACCUGGAAAGCAUAUAUCCGCUGCACUUGUACAUAAAAUGAUGGCUGCUGCUCAAAAAAUACCGGGUAUAUCUCGAGUAUUAUAUGACCUUACACCAAAACCACCUGGUACUACAGAAUGGGAAUAAAAAUUUGUUUCUAUAAAUGAAUGAGAUUUUGAAAGCAUACUUAAGGAACGUAAGUUUCAUUACCUUAAAAUGAAAUAAUGAAAUAAAAUUGCUCAUUGGUGAUUAUUAGCAGUUAAAAACCAAAAGUAAAGAGUUAUUUUUCUAAUAAGUUUUCAAAAAUCAAAUUGUCUUACAAUUUUAAUGAUUUAACUAUAUUGAGCUAUGUUUAUUUUUUGAGGAGACAGUAAUGGUCUUGGUUGUUGUUUAUACACUAAGUUUUUAUUAACACAAAAUAGAUCCUUUGAAUAAUAUUUAAAUUUUCCAAUGAUAACCCAAUUGAACUGUUGAUUAAUAUGUAAAGCUAAAUGGAAAUAGUACGAGCCUUUUGUACAAAAUCAAUUCUCCACUUUAAACUGUAUCACCAACAUUUAAUUAGUUUACUAUGUUAUGCUAAAUAUAUUUAGUUUAAUGUAUUGGUAUAUAUGUGUAUAUGUUUAAUAUAUAUAUUUUUAUUUACCAAUGAAGGAUUUAAAUCAGUUUUAUCUCUCUUUGUUAAUGUUUUAAAAUUGUGUAAUUAUUGAAUAAAAUUCAUUUAUAAAAUAUAUGCUUUCAUUUUUUACCAUAUUGUUAUUGUACAUAUUAUUUUUCUGUGAAAUAUAUUAGUUAAUUAAUUACAUAUAUAUACAAAAUCAUAACAUAACAUGUAUUUGAUAUUGGAACCUAAGCAAAUCUUAACAAAAUGUAGAAACUAUUGUAUAAUUUACAGAUUUAUAUAAGACAAUAUUGUGUGCUAUGCAUUUUUUUUGUUUAAAUUUUAAAAAUAAAUAUAUAUAUUAGCCAUGAGCAGCUGUAUAAAGUAUACAUUCUUAUACUGUGGAAUGAUGCAAAUGUUAUAGUAAUAAUUUGUUAUUUGUGUUCACAUGACAUGAUAGAAAACAACUGAAUAUUAAAAAUUCCUUAAAUAAAUUAACAUGUUUAAUUUGCUUGAU